UGCUUGCACAUAAAAAAAAAAAAAAAAAAUUUAUACAUAUUUUCUCUCCCUUCUUCGCGUAUUUUUCUGUCGCUUUCUCAGUGAUGUGCCAAGUAAGCGCAACUCGCGAGUGCUGUGUCCCCGUUGGUUUUUUUUUCCAUUUUCCUUUCGCGUGUAUAGUUUUGUGAUUGAUUUUUCUCUUUCUCUUUCCCCCCCGCCCCUUGUACUUCCCGUUUGUGCAAGAAUAAUAAAAAUAUGUACGUAAUCGUAAUCGAGUAAGUGCGAGGAGUGUGUGUCGUCCAUAUGAGUGGUGGUGGUGCGCGCGUGCGUCACGACAACAACAAGUGCAAGCUGACGAAAUCGGUGCAGCGACCUCAUACCCCCGGCAAAAGGAGCCAUGAAGAUCGGCGCGCUAACGAUUUUUUGGAGCCAUUGCCGAUCAGUCUGUUUGCCGUUGGGCAGCCUCGGCUUUGCUUGCGCCUAGCUCUCGGCAGCUCUGGGAUGUUUUCGCUGCAGCGGCGCUGGGACGAGGGCCCCGUGGCCGGCACUGCCACGGUGCAUCGACAGCGCACCGCAUCUGCGGCACCGCCGAACGUUUUGCCCCCUAAUUCUGCGGGAACGAAGGUUUUCUUGAGCAAUGUCCCGCCCCACGUCAAAGGCGAGGAUAUCCACAACAUGUGUUUGAACUAUGGAAACAUCGUCAACAUUGAAAAGGCGAAUUCUCGUGAUCCUUCAUCGGGACAGGCCUUCAUUGUUACGACAGAUUCUCCGGAUAGUGCACAGAGCAUCGUCCAGAAUCUGAACAUGAUAGAAUACGAGGGCGCGUACCUAAAGGCGGACUUCCUCGCCGGGGACGGUCGCAGACGGCGCGGCCAACGCACCGGUAUGGCAGCCCUGACGAGCAUAGCCGGGUCGAACCGGCAGACCGAUUUCCCGCUGAGGAUUCUCGUGCAGUCGGACAUGGUCGGGGCGAUAAUCGGCCGGCAAGGCUCGACGAUCCGGCACAUAACCCAGCAGACGCGGGCGCGCGUCGACGUGCACCGGAAGGACAACCUCGGCUCGCUCGAGAAGGCGAUCACGAUCUACGGGAACCCGGAGAACUGCACCAACGCGUGCCGGAAGAUACUGGAGGUCAUGCACGCCGAGGCGAGCAGCACAAACAAGGGGUCAGUUGUUGGCGGUGACGAGAACGGCACCACUGGUGCCGACGCUACUGCUCAACAGCAGCAACACCAGCACGCGAGAGACGAAGAAGCCGGUAAUACUAAUGACAGGGUUGGCUCCUCUUGCAGCGAGAUCACCUUGAAGAUCCUCGCGCACAACAACCUCAUCGGUCGCAUUAUCGGCAAGGGUGGCCAGACCAUCAAGCGAAUCAUGUCUGACACUGACACUAAGAUCACCGUCAGCAGUAUCAAUGACAUAAGCAGCUUCAACCUCGAGCGCAUCAUCACGGUCAAGGGUACCAUUGAGAACAUGAGCAGGGCCGAGGCUCAGAUCUCGCAAAAGCUUCGCCAGAGCUACGAGAACGACCUCCAAGCAAUGGCUCCUCAGAGCCUGAUGUUCCCGGGCUUGCACCCAAUGGCCAUGAUGUCGACUGCGAGCAUGAAUUACGGCAACCGGCAGCAGGCGCUCUUCAACACCAGCCACACGCCCUUUCCGUACACGGGCACCUUGCCCGCCCAGACCGGCCCAGCCAGCGAGACCCAGGAAACUGCCUUCCUCUACAUACCCAACAGUAGCGUGGGCGCCAUCAUCGGCACCAAGGGCUCACACAUAAGGAACAUCAUUCGCUUCUCCGGGGCCAUUGUCAAGAUCGCGCAGCUCGAGUCCGAGAAACCCGUCGAUCCGAAUUGCGAGAGGAAGGUCACCAUUUCCGGUACAGCUGAGGCUCAAUGGAAGGCCCAAUACCUAAUCUACGAGAAGAUGCGUGAGGAGGGUUUUGUGGUUGGAAACGAGGACGUGAGGUUGACCGUGGAAAUCCACGUGCCAUCGGCCCAAGUCGGCCGGAUCAUCGGCAAAGGCGGACAAAACGUUCGCGAGCUCCAGCGCGUCACUGGCAGUGUUAUCAAGCUGUCCGAACAGCAGUCGAGCCCACCCGCCGAGGGUGACGAGACCACGGUCCACAUCAUUGGGCCAUUCUUCUCUGUUCAGUCGGCCCAGCGGCGCAUCCGCGCGAUGGUCACCCUGCCACCGUCGAGCGUCAUCCCCCCGGUAACCGGCGCCCGAAGCCGCAACGUCAGCCAAGAGGGUGGCGUUCGCUCGCGACGCGACGGCAGUGCCACGUCCCUGCCAGGCGGCGCAAUGACACCCCAACAGCAGCACCAGCAGCAACAACACCAGCAACAAUCGAGCCAAUCCUCGCCGUCAUCCCAGGCGUCGUCCGGACAGGCUCAGCAACAACAGCAGCCCCAACAGUAGAACACAAUCCCCUACCGCGCCGGUGGUAGUCACACAGGGGCUGCUCGGAGUAAAAUGCACAACCGCGGCGUGCAACCCUUCCAACUGAAUCGCGAUCACGAUGACCAUGAUACAUAUAAAUUCACAUAAAUAUGUACAUGUGAGAACGUGCGCUUUUACGCGUGUACACGUGGGAUGAGAUGGCCACGGAGAGCAAGAGCGUGUGGAUGUGCACGUGAAAAUCCAGCCGAGGAAGAGGAAAAAAAGAAAGAAAAAAAAAAAACGAAGCAGAUUCGAGCGUUUUGUGUUAAGAUUAUAAAU